AUGGAAUUAUCAAGUAUCCUCCCUGCUCCCAUACAACCGGUUUGGGACAGGGAUGACGAACGCAAGAAGAAAGCAGCCACUCAAACAUCCACCUUGUUGGUAAGCGCUCAAAGCAUCGCACCCCCUUACGGACAACGAAGAGGAUGGGUACCGAGGAACGUCACAGAUUACGGGGACGGCGGCGCCUUUCCAGAAAUACACGUCGCUCAAUACCCCUUAGAAAUGGGCAGGAAGAAAGAUUCCAGCUCGAACGCCUUAGCCGUACAAUUGGGUUCGGACGGAAAAGUCAAAUACGACGCUAUAGCGAGACAGGGACACGGCAAAGACAAAAUCGUCUACUCCAAGCUGUCCGAUUUACUACCCGUCGAAGUGGUAGACGAAAACGAUCCGAGUUUGGAGAAACCCCCGCAAGAGGAAGUGGACGAUAUCACCGAACGAACCAGGCAAUCGUUGAUGAAAAUAACGAAUUCCAAAAUAGCCGCCGCCAUGCCGGUUAGAGCGGCCGAGAAAUUGGCCCCCGCCGAAUUCAUCAGAUAUACCCCGUCACAACAAGGGGCCGCUUUUAAUUCGGGCGCGAAACAAAGAGUUAUCCGGCUCGUCGAAGCGCAAGUCGAUCCGAUGGAGCCGCCUAGAUUUAAAAUCAACAAGAAAAUUCCGAGAGGACCUCCUUCCCCUCCUGCCCCGGUCCUGCAUAGCCCGACUAGAAGAGUCACCGUUAAGGAACAGAAAGAAUGGAAAAUUCCUCCUUGCAUAUCCAACUGGAAGAACGCCAAAGGUUAUACUGUUCCGCUUGACAAAAGGUUGGCCGCGGACGGUAGGGGUUUACAGCAACUGCACAUAAAUGAGAAUUUCGCGAAAUUGGCCGAAGCUUUGUACAUAGCGGACAGAAAAGCUCGAGAGGCCGUCGAAACUCGAGCGCAAUUGGAGAAGAAAUUGGCUCAAAAAGAGAAGGAAGCGAAAGAGGAGCAUUUGAGGCAGUUGGCUCAAAGGGCUCGAGACGAGAGGGCCGGUAUUAAAACCGCAGCGAAUCAUCAUUCGAAAGGUGAUGACGAUGAACACGAACGCGACAUGUUACGUCAAGAUCGACACAAAGAAAGAGCCAGAGACAGAAAUCUGGCUCGCGCCGCCCCUGAUAAGAGAAGCAAACUGCAGAGGGAAAGAGAAAGGGAUAUAUCCGAACAAAUCGCUUUAGGAAUGCCCGCUCGAGGAGCAUCUUCCAACGAAACUCAGUUCGAUCAAAGAUUGUUUGGUCAAGCUCAAGGUCUAGGGCAAGGUUACGGCGACGACGAGGCUUACAAUGUUUACGACAAGCCUUGGAGAGAGGGCGGUUCGAUGGCUAAUCACAUUUAUAGGCCGAGUAAAAAUAUCGAUAAAGAUGUUUACGGCGGUGAGGAUAUAGAAAAAGCUAUUCGCACGAAUAGGUUUGUGCCGGAUAAGGAAUUUGGCGGUACGGAUAGAUCGGGAAGCGGUCGUACGGGUCCUGUGCAGUUUGAAAAAGAGGAAGAUCCUUUCGGUUUGGAUCAGUUCUUGUCGCAGGCUAAGAAAGCGAGUAAACGGAAAGAACCUGAAAAAAGGGACGAUAGGGAUAAAAGAAAGCGAAGGGAUUAA